AGAGAGCUGUCAAAAUAAACUUGGACUUCGGUCGGCGCGCACGGUGUUGUAUUGUAGCUGUUGCUGCGGUCAUUUACUGUUCUACCAAUGUGUUAUGAAACAUUUAAUAUCUAGUUGGUUUUGAGUUUUAGUUCUGUUAGUAGCGUACAGUUCCUGUCCAGCUGAUGCAGCAGAAUGCGUGACAAACAACUCUAUUUUACGUGCUGAUUGGAGCCAAUAGAAGACGACACAGUUUCCAACUCGAUCUCAGUUAACGAAUCUCCUCGAAUGCAUCUCGCACUGGAUGCCCUAUCAAGGCACAGUAUCAGUUGAUAACGGCACAUUUUCGCUCGCACUUAUUCUAGCUUCCAUCUGCUCAGUCGUCGCCGCGUUGAUUGGUUAGACGCAUGUGAUUUAUUGCCAUGAACAAGGAACAAACUGCGAUGAAGCCGACUACUGGCAGGACGGAGCGAUGGUACCGGAGGAUUACCGUCGAACCGUCAAUGUUUCUUUACAUGAUGGCGUUCAUGCUCACGUCCGUAGUGGAACAGGUGUUCUUCCUGUACAAAGCGUGCACCGUCAACCACGGAUUUUCGCACGAUAUUUGUAUCAACAUCGAAAACUAUCAGGACAUCAAGAAGCAGGUUCAGGUCACCACGUCCACGUUCCACAUGUGGAACAACAUAGCAAUGUAUGUGGUUCCCAUCAUCCUGGCGCUCUUUCUAGGGGCAUGGUCGGAUCGACGCGGUCGAAAGCUGCCUCUGAUUUUAGGCCUAACAGGCAAAUUUAUCUACUCUGUCAUGAUCGUAGUGAACACCCGCAUGACCAACUGGCCAGUCGAGUACAUAAUCUACACAGCAACUAUUCCUAGCGUUCUGACGGGAGCCGACAUUGCAAUAUUCGCGUCCUGUUUUGCCUACAUCUCGGAUGUAACGACCGUGGCAGAUCGAACGCUUCGAAUUACAAUCCUAGAUGCCACCUACCUAAGCACAAUGCCAAUCGGAGUUGCAAUCGGUGGACUGCUGUACAACCGUACCGCAAAGUCGUUCACGAUAAUGUUCGCCAUCAACGCCACGUUGCUGUUACUGUCGAUUAUCUACUCGAUAGUGCGACUAAAAUCUCGAACCACAGAUCGACAGGUAUCGAUUACGGAGCUGCGAUGGUACCGAAUGCCAGCGGACUUUUUCGACAAAAAUCACGUCGUUCGAUCGUUGAAAACCUCCUUCAAACAGCGCACCAUGAACCGGCGGGUCUACCUGUUCAUCUUGAUGAUUGCUAUGUCAUUCUACACUUUUCAGCGCGACGAGAAACCGAAAAUGUACCUUUACACGCAGCUUAUAUUCAAUUGGGACGCCGAUCUGUACAGUUACUUCAAAACCUAUCAGUCGGCGGCUUACGUAGUGAUGAUGAUUCUUGGGGUUCCGUUCUUCACCAAGAUACUGAAGCUCCGAGAUACGAUUAUUAUAAUGAUCGGAGCAACCGCUCACGCGACGGCACGCUUCUUCUACAUUUUCGCCCAGGUCGAUUGGCUGCUGUACGUGGGAGCCACUGUGUCUAGUUUGGGCCCGGUGGUAGCCCCGGUUCUACGAUCGAUGAUCUCCAAAAUGGUUCCCGCCGAGGAGCGGGGCAUUAUCUUUUCCUUUCUUUCGGUGUUUGACAACGCGGUACCCCUCUUCAGCGGGGUGCUGUACACUCAGGUGUACAAUGCUACAAUCAACAGCUACCCGCAAGCGUUCUUCUGGCUAACGAUGGCCACCCAGACGAUGGUGUUUUUACUGACGCUGGGAAUCCAUAUAUCGCUAAAAGGAAAUACGUUCGAAAGUGGUACUACAGAACAACCGAGCAAUUUUCUGAUCGAAAGAGAAAACCCACCGGAUAAAAAUGAAAAUGAAAGUAAUUGCAGUCGAUAAUUAACUCCUCGUUUUACCGAAAUCGAAAUUAUUUUACCUUUAGUUUUCUUGCCAAAAGUAACUUUGUCUGAUUAUUUCGAUCAAAUAAGAUUUGAUUAAUUAGCCUAAUAAAACUCGGCCUAGCCGUUCGUUUUAGAGUAUCGAAUCAAAGAUAUAAUAAAAUGAUUCAAGUAUUUUAUUUAAAAA